AACAGUAGGAUGACCGGAGCUGUGGAUAAAUUUACUAUCAUACAUUACAAUGACGUGUAUAACAUCGAUACAAACAGCAAAUCUGAACCAAUUGGUGGAGCUGCACGGUUUUGCAUGGCGGUCAAAUCGUUUAAUCAUCUAAAUCCUCUAAUCCUAUUUAGUGGUGAUGCAUUUUCACCAAGCAUGCUUAGCACCUUUACAAAAGGAGAACAGAUGGUUCCUGUACUCAAUGCUAUCGGAACUCAUUGUGCAGUAUUUGGGAAUCAUGACUUUGAUCACGGAUUAGACGUUCUACAAGAAUGGGUUGAAAAGACUAAUUUUCCCUGGUUAAUGUCUAACGUAGUGGAUAAUGAAACUGGACGACCUUUAGGUGGUGGUAAAAUUACUCACAUUAUUAAUCAUAAUGAAGUUAAAAUAGGUCUGAUUGGUUUAGUAGAAAAAGAGUGGCUAGAUACGCUUCCGACGAUUGAUCCAAAUGAAGUAACUUAUAUUGAUUUUAUUAAAGCUGGAAACCAGCUAGCAGAUGAGCUACAUCAUCAGAGUUGUGAUGUUAUUAUAGCUUUAACACACAUGCGAACACCUAACGAUAUCGAGUUGGCCAAACACAGCGGUCACAUAGAUCUUAUAUUAGGUGGACAUGAUCAUGUGUAUGAAGUAUUAAAUACGGAAGAUACAUAUGUCAUUAAAUCAGGAACUGAUUUUAGGCAAUUUUCGAAGAUUGACAUAAACUUAAAUCGUAAUCAAAAUGGUAAAAUCAAUAUAAAAGUGGAGAAAAUCGAUGUUGAUUCUACAAAAUAUUCCGAGGAUGCCACGCUAAAAGAAGAAUUAAAAAAAUAUGCAGAUACAAUAGAAUCGAAAUUGGGUGAAGUGCUUGGAACUUUUACUGUAGAAUUGGAUGGAAGAUUUUCUGCUAUUCGUACCUCUGAGACCAAUCUUGGAAAUUGGAUUUGCGAUGUUGCAUUAGCAGCCACCGGAGCUGAUUGUGUGAUCAUUAAUUCUGGCACUUUUCGUUCCGAUCAAAUUCAUCCAGCUGGGCCAUUUACCAUGCAUGACUUGAUUAACAUAAUACCGAUGCAAGAUCCAUUGAUUGUGUUAGAAGUUUCCGGAAAAAUUUUGCAUGCAGCACUCGAAAAUUCGGUAUCAACGUACCCAAAACUGGAAGGAAGGUUUCCACAGAUAGCCGGAAUGUCAUUUGUGUUUGACCCAACGAAAAGUCCAGGUAACAGGGUGGAACCGAAACUAGUGCGUGUCGGUGAUGAAUGGUUGAAUUUGGAACAAACAUAUUCACUAUGUAUUAAAAGCUAUAUAUAUGGAGGUUGUGAUGGGUAUACUAUGUUCAAAGGAUGUCAAGUACUUAUGGCCGACGAUGCCGCUCCAGAGCUUGGAUUGGCAGUACAGAAUCAUUUCAAGGCAAUUGAUGUUCGUUUAGGAAAAAUCCAUCAUACUAAACAUCGUCAAUCGCUCGUAACUCUGUCCCGACGGCAUAGCAUGGUACAAAUGCUUGAAAACAUGGAGCUGGAUGGCCCGACCCCAAUCAGAAGAAAGUCUUCUGUAACGAUGCCAAAAAUGGAACAUAUUUGUAAUAAUCGCGGCAAACUUUUACGUCGGGCUUCGCUGGAUGAUUUGGAACAAAGCAGCUGCCAGCUUGCACCAGCAAUUCAACGCAGGAUUAUUGCCAUUCAAAAUGAAGAUCACAUUCGAGAGAUGAUUUUAAGACGAGAAACUAUAGAAAAAAACUAUGUUAUUAAGGAGACCGACGAACUUACCCCGUAGGUUUGUACUAUU